CGCGCUCGAAACUGUCAAGUUCUGGGGAAAACGACGAAAAACCGAUUCCACGCGCGCCACACCCUCCCAGUUGACUCCUCUCGCAGGUUGACAGAUACGUCGAGACGCCGCGCGUGCAUCGGCCGACGAAGGAAGCUUUUCCGCGUUUCUCGCCGCGCUGUGCCAUUCCUCCCGUUGCCUUUUCUCCAUACCCUCUCCUCUCGCUUCGACCUCCCGACCAGUCCGGAUUUUCGGCGGCCGAGGCAACCGAGCGGCUCUGCGUUCCCCGUCCACCGUGCUACGCCGGCUCCGCUCCUCUGCGAUCCACGGCAGACGGCCUCGCCAGCCGCGAGAGGUCGCAGCCGCGACUCUGGGAGUUAAACUCGCUUUUCUGAACGAAGAGUUCGUCUUUUUGUCGCACUGCGGCGUUUUCGCUGAACUGCGCCGUUCGGAACUGCCUGCGCAACGCCUGCCCCCGUGACGCCUCGACCGGAUUCCACAACGCGAGGCGAUCCGAGUUUCUGAAACGCGGAGUUCAGUUGAAGGCUGCAGGCCUUCGCUCUUGGAAAAUGGCGCAGAGGACGCUGAACCUGUCGUGCUCGAGAUCGAGGUGAAGACGCAAGUUCAGGCAGUUCUCCCCAGCCUUCAAGUUGCUUCCUCGAACCGCCUUCUUCAUUUCUCAGGGAGACAGCUUCGCGACGGCAACUGGCUGCCGGAACUUGUGUGCCCUCUCUCUUUCUUCUGACUUUUUGUCUCUUGGAACCUCCGCGAAACUCCGUCGCCGAGAGCUCACCCAGCUGCGCGGCUCGCGCGCCUGCGAGACUUGCUGUGCUUCUGCCGGCUGCGAGUUCCCCGCCGACGACCGAGGACAGGUGCCUCUUUGCGAAGGACGAAGCGGAAAGCGAGCGAGCGAGGAAAGGAAAAAUCGAGCAAAAGACGCGAGAGAGAGGGAGAGAGGCGUGAGGCGUCAAGAAAGCGGUGCGCCUCAGCGUGGAAGGUCUGGCCAGAAGACUCUUUCUUUAGCGAACAUGAAGAAGAUCUUCUGAAAACGGUCCUUCCGUCAGUCCGCCUCAAAGGGGGGAAGCUCUUCCCCCGCGUCCAUCAACGCCUUCUCAGUCUCAGAUCUGUCGUCAACUUUCCUUCUGCCGCCCACAUACCAGCGGACCUCUUCUGUUCGAAGCAGAACAAGAUGCCUCCUUCCGACUCUGCGAGAGGCUCCGUCUCCCCUUCUCGUUCCGCGGCUGCGGCCUCCUCCCUGCAAGCAGCGGUGCCUCUCGAGUUCGGGUCCUCGUCCUCCGUAAUUGACGGCUUGUUCUCUCCCGCGUCCUCUCUGCAUGUGCCUUCUUCUCCCGCGUCUCUCGGAAUCAAAGAGAGGCGCGUUGAGGCCUCAGCCGAGCGAGAAGAAACGGGGGGAGACUCGCGCGACGGAGGCCCUGCAGAGACGGCCAGGAGGGGGACAUGCCUGCCUCGCGAGAAGCCGCAGAUCGGCGACUGCAUGCGAUCGGAGUUCGGUCUGGAAGCUCUUCUUCAGAGAUGUCGGAACUUCGCACCCGCGUUUGAAAAGGCUCAUCAGUCCCACAACCUGUGCACCAGUCGUCUUGCUCCUUCUUCUUCAUCUUCUUCAUCUCCUUCCUCUUCUUCUUCAUCUCCCUCCUCUUCCUCUUCUUCCUCUUCUUCAUCUUCUUCCUCUUCUUCUUCAUCCCCCUCCUUUUCCUCUUCUUCCUCUUCUUCAUCUUCUUCCUCUUCUUCUUGGAGCUCUGCCUCGCGUUUAGCCGGCGAGAGAGGAGAGGACAGUCUUCUAAACGCUGAGAUUCUCACUGCCGAGGAAGAGGCAGGAAGCGACCCGCAUGUCGAAUUAGAAUUGCACCUGGGCAUCUUUGACGUCAACGGAGAGAUUCCUUCAGAGGAAACCUUGAGAGCGCAGAACAUCCCCGUCGUCGACAGCGGCGUCAAUCUGCAUGCACAGGAGGAAGCUCUGGCGAACUCUUUGGCAGACCCAGUUCGUUUUCUGCUGGAGCAGCAGGCGCUGGAGCAGCGGCUGAAGAUGCUGGGCGGAGGGUAUGGGGAAGACGGCGAGGGAAGAGGGAACGCGGAAGACAUGCGAAGGCCUCUCAUCGAGGUUCUCAGCUCAGGCGAGGAGAGCGGCGAAGAGUCCGACGGAGUGCCUGAGGAAUCCACUGAGACAUGAAAAGAAGCGCCGAGACCCGAGACAACGGGCAGGCGAGAAAGAGUUGAGAAAGGGAGAGCGGAAAAGAGAAAGAAGAGAGAAAACGGGGAGGAAAGGAGGAGGCUGAAUGGAAGACAAGAGAGGCAAGAAGAUAGUGUGACGAGAGCGCGGACCGCAACCCGAGAAGUGGAAGAAGAGGCAAGCAGUUUCUUCCGGACGAGGAAGACUCACGCCGAAGAGAACAGGCGAGGACAGCGGAGACACAGAGGCAGGAACGUAGACACGGGGGAGACUGAGAAACGACGAGAGAAAACGAAAGAAGAAGAGAGGACAAUGGAAAAAGAAGAGAAACGAGACCGCUGGAGAAACCAGGUGGAAGCUUGAAAAAGCUUGCGGCGUCCCAGUGAGGAUUUGAGUUUGUGAGAGAAAUCUGUGACAGACUCACGGUGAAAGAAAAACGCAUUUUCCCUGCAAGGGAAGACACCUUUUCAAUUUCGCUUCGCAUUUGCUGACUUAUGGCAACUGCCGAGUCCUGAGCUUUCCCCCCUCCCCACUCUUGCGCGUUCACCGAUACCCGAAUCGCGG